ACCCACUAGCAGCCCUUGUAUUAGUGGUGCGUGCCCCUCCCAGGCGUUCCCUCGGCGGACUGCCCUCUGUGCGGAUCGCCUCUAAGAAAGAGGCCCAGCCCCUCAUCCUCCUCUUUUUGGCUGCGCUCGCCGAAUCCGACAGUCGCCUUCUUCUCAUCCACAGCAGCACCACCCACCCCCAGUCGCCUUGCCCGUGACGUCUUGCCUCGUGCCUUUCCCCUUUGCUCUUCCUGCAUCACGCCCUGAUUGUCGCUUUUUGCUUCCUCUUCUUCUCUCCAUCCCCAUCUGUGACUAUACCGGCUUCUUUGCCCCUCUGUCUUUUGCUUUUUCCUCUUGUGCCAGUGGCAUUUUCACCAGACCUUCGCUCGAUCCGCUGUCGCCUGUGCUAUGGGCCGUCUCCGAUUUUUUGACUGAACCAUUCUCGUUCCGGCAGACGCAGCCGUCCACGCAUCGCUUGCCGACUGCAAUCCUUUGAGCAAAAUAGGCAUUCGCCUGCAGCCGCUUCCUCUCUGAAUAUUCAUUUUAUACUACUUCUCCAGCUGCUGCUAGAGCUGCGUGCAAGCGUGACCGACGCCUACGCUUGACGAUUCCGACACACAUAACCACGGCCACAUGGACGGCUACGUUCGACCUGUCGGCUUCUCCGAGAGAAGAGGCAGCCUCUUGACAGAGGAGCUCAUGCUCAAUAAUGCAUCCAACGCAAGGCCUCAGUCGUCAGAUAAGGCGCCCCAAAGCCAACAGCAACAGCCACCGCCGGCUCAACAUCGUCAGCUUAGGGGGCCCCCGACGCCGAGUAUGUCGACGCCGGCACCCGACUUCGAUCAGCAGCUGACUGGCUCACCUCCACCGCCGCCAACUCCUGCCGCUUCUCCCGGCCCCGAUCACCACUGCCAACCAGACUGGAGUGGUGCUGCCGAUGACGAAGAUUUCUUCCUCGCCAAGGUCCGCCAUCAUUUUAAAAGCUGCUCCGGACCCCAGCGAACCAGAUUCCUCGCCGACUUGCUCAACCUGUGUACAAGCCAACAACUGAGCUUUGUUCACCAGUUUGUGAGCCCGCUUCUGAAAAAGGACCCGUUUACCAGCUUGCCAGAUGAGCUGUGUUUGAGAAUAUUAUCUUUUAUCGAUGACCCCAAAGUUCUCGUUCGAGCGGCACAAGUUUCAAAACGCUGGCGAGAUUUGCUUAGCGAUGACAUGACGUGGAAAAACCUUUGCGUAAAGCACGAUUAUCAACAACGCAUAUCAGAAAUUCAAUCUGGGAGCGCACCUAUCCCAGUACCCGAAUCAUCUCAAGCUACCACAAUCUCCGAUAGCGAAAUGGCCAGCAGCUUUCCCGGUGCUCUGCCUACCUCUGUCCAAAUGGCUGAAUCCCGCAGCGCCGAUGGCAGCCCUCUUCGACCAGCCCUGCGAUCGUACAAGUCACAUUUCAAACAACGUUAUCUAGUCGAGGCGGCCUGGCGAUCAGGAGGAAUAAGCACCGUUCGAAAUAUCACACAAGAAGGCGGUGUCGUAACCAGUCUUCACCUUACGCAAAAGUACAUCAUUGUCGCUCUUGAUAACGCCAGGAUUCAUGUCUUUGAUACGAAAGGCGACGGACAGCGAACACUUCAAGGCCACGUUAUGGGUGUAUGGGCUAUGGUGCCUUGGGGUGACACGUUGGUUAGCGGUGGGUGUGAUCGCGAUGUCCGUGUUUGGGAUCUCAAGACUGGCGCAUGUGUUCACACACUACGUGGGCACACAUCUACCGUUCGAUGCUUAAAGAUGGCCGAUGAGAAUACAGCCAUCUCCGGCUCCCGAGAUAUGACAUUGCGGGUUUGGGAUAUCAGAACAGGCAUGUGCCGCAACGUCCUAGUGGGUCACCAGGCUUCUGUACGCUGUCUGGAGAUUAAGGGAGACAUUGUCGUUUCUGGUAGUUAUGAUACUUUUGCUAGGGUAUGGAGUAUCUCCGAAGGACGAUGCCUGCAAACCCUGCAAGGUCACUUCAGUCAGAUUUACGCCAUUGCGUUUGAUGGUAAGCGAGUUGUCACAGGCAGCUUGGAUACCAAUGUCCGCGUUUGGGACCCGACUACUGGCGAGUGUCUUGCUAUAUUGCAAGGCCACACGUCACUGGUUGGCCAACUGCAAAUGCGUGGAGACACCCUGGUUACCGGCGGAUCGGAUGGAUCGGUCCGCGUUUGGUCUCUUGAGAAGAUGUGCCCAAUUCACCGCCUUGCUGCUCACGAUAAUAGCGUUACGAGCCUUCAGUUUGACGACACCAGAGUCGUCAGCGGUGGCAGCGACGGCCGAGUGAAAAUUUGGGAUCUCAAGACCGGUCACCUUGUUCGAGAGUUGAUUGCUCAAGGCGACGCCGUUUGGCGCGUUGCCUUUGAGGAAGAGAAGUGCGUUGCCUUGGCCUUACGGCAUGGGCGAACAAUUAUGGAGCUUUGGUCCUUCUCACCACCCGACGAAAUGCUUCAUGACGACAGUCCCCGGACACUGCAGCAGCGGGCGUUAGAGGAUGGCCCGACGCGACCUUUAAGCGCUAUAGGUUUCGGCUUCAGCAAAGAUGCAAGCUCCUCAAACGCUUCCGAAAGACAGACAUCUGGCCUUGACGUUGAGAUGGAGGACGCUGGACCGUCCACCGCUCCUCUUCAAGGAGCAAGCCGCUCAUUUUUCCCCGACGACGAAUAAAGGUGUAAAAGGUGCAUGCCUCUUGCUGUCCAAUUUUGAUGAUAUUCUGAUUUAGCGAGCCUAUCAUAUUUUUGUAUUGUUUUGGUGCCGCGUGCUUUUUGGAAGUUAUUUUUUUGAUGUAGCGCGACGGGAGUUUUGCGACGUUGCGGGUGGCCCAUAUCAUACAUAGCUGUCUACAUUGUUUAACCUAUGGGAUAUAAUACCACAGAGGAUACACAUUGCUUUGAUGGGCUGGGGAUAGGCGCACUGCUAGAGUGUCUUUGCUUAUAUGAGAUGGCCAUACAUUAGCCGCUGUGGUAGCUUUGCUUGAUUCAAGGCUUACACUACACGCUCUUGAUAGAGGACAGCACUAGCCGACAAAGAUAAAAGGAUAUAAUUUCCCUUAAAUGUCUUGACGUUUAUAAACAAAAUUAUUCUAUCUAACCGUUGCUCAAAUUCGCAAAUACGCACAAACCAAUUCAUUCAAGGACCAAGAACGCCAAUUCCGUCCCUUGUUUGCUGGGAGGCGCCCCUAUCGCCUUACCCAAGUGGAUACAUUUGUAGACGCCAAACCCUUUUGGGACUAGCACAG